AUGGGAGAAAAACUGUUAAACAACAGCAUUCAUGACCAAUUUAUUAAUAGGAAUGAGCAGUCACAUUAAGACUUUCAAAAUACAUUCAUUUAUCUUUUGAAAGAAGAAGGAGGAAAGACAAUUUAAGGAAGUAAAGUGGACUCCCUAAGAAAAUUAUUUUCUACUUCUGAAUUAUUAUGUAGAAAUAAACAGGGUGGCUCCUCUGGAAGAAGCAAAGAUAUACGGAUGCCUCUGCCACAUAUGCCAAAUGAGAAUGAGUGGAAGGUGAAUAAGGCAGAUAUUGUGCUGGAAGUCUGUUAUAGACCACCCAACCAGGAGGAGGAGACAGAUGAAGUAUUCUACAAGCAGCUGGCAGAAUUCUCACAAUUGCCAGCCCUUGAUCUGUUAGGGGACUUCAACCUACUGGAUGUCUGCUGGAAAUAUAACAUAGUAGAGAAGAAACAGUCUAGGAGGUUCCCUGAGUGUGUGGAGGAUAACUUCCUGACACAGCUGCAUAAGUUGAUUGCUUUUUAUUCUGCAGGGUCAUUAGUUCUCUCAGCAGAGGUGGAACAGACAGUGACUUAUUGUACUCCUUUUCUUGAUAGGCCAAUUCAACUGAAAUUUAGAACCUUGUCAGUUACAUGGCCAUCAGACAGCAAAGCUCAAAGACUACUAGGGGAUGAUGUCCAACCAUUCUCACUUGAUGAGGAAGUUGAUUAUGACAAUGUGGUCCUGACCCCUAAGUUCUCUGAAGCUGAGCUUAAUGCCAUUACAGAAUUGUCUGAAGAGAAGAAAAAGGGGACAGAUAUGUAG